GAGGAUGUCCUCCGCCAUACGUAACCAACGCUAUAUGAUAGUUUUAUCGUCCUUUGCCUUUGAAAUCUUAACGCUCUGCGAUGCUCCUUAAACUCUCAGAACGGCUGAGUCCCAAAUUUAAAGUUUUUUUUAAAAAAUCUAAACGUCAGAUUUCAGAGCAGCCUUGUUUUAUUCUUUCUGUUUUAAUCUUCCUCUUCCCCAGUAUUAUUGGCGAGGCGGUUUUUAAUCUUGUCUGAAAGUAACUUUUCAGCCAAUUUGCACGAAGCUGUGGAGAGUCUGGUGUUGUCAGUCGACAGGAGGAGGCACUGACUGACUGGAGGUGCCCCUCUCUUUUUUUAAAAAACUUAAUUGUCUCUUUCCCUUUGUUUGAGAGACAGACCCAGAACUUCACGUUCCUGUUGCACUGAUAAUACUGAUUUCUGUUUUCUCUCUCUCUGUGUGUGUCUCGGUUGGGAGUUGAUGCCGGGCUCCUGUUUGAUUUGUUACACCUUUAAGGAAGUGAAUAUCUUGUACGGGAAGAGGAGGGUCUGUGUGUGUGUGUGUGUGUCCCUCUCUCUAUUUCUGGUGCCGCACUCUUCUCCAGCGAUCUUACUCAGUAAUAUUAGCCCAUGCAAUAGUAUUUCGAACACCGCCCCCAAAUUCCCUUUCUGUCUUUGUAUGGAAUCUGUACCCUUAAAACCAGCGAUAAACAAUACUUUCUUAAUAACAAGCCCCCACCCGCCUCCUCCCUUUUAUAUAAAGAAUGCAGUUCUUCAAAUAUAAGCUAAUCCAAACGUCAGCAGCAGGGGGAAAAAAGUCUGUAUUAACUGUUGGAGCACUUCCUGAACUUUGUUCCGUAUUUUGCUUCCUUCCCGUCUCCUCUCCCCCUCUCCCUGUUGCUCUCUCUCUCUCUCUCUCUCUCUCUCCCCAGUAUCUAUAGUGUGUCCAAUUUUGCUUUGGCAGGGAGCGUCUUUUCGCUCAUUCCCCGGACUCCUCGCCGCCGUUGUUGUUACUGCUGCUGGUGGCUGUUUUCCCUCACCGUGACCCCCACCCCCAACCCCAACCCCAACCCGGUUAGCAGGUCGACUCUCGCGCGCCGUCUCGCCGAACUGGAGGCCCGUCGGCGGUCAGGCGCAACAUGAGGAAAUUCGUAGUUACAAAGCUCAGCGCAAACUUCAGGGAGGCUGUGUGCGUCCGCUCCGCCCGCGUCCCGAGCCCUGGAGACGGUGAAUUACUGGUCCGGAAUCGAUUUGUUGGCAUCAAUUCAUCGGACAUCAACUACAGUGCAGGCCGAUACGAUACUUCCCUUCAACCUCCGUUUGACAUUGGCUUUGAAGGAAUCGGGGAGGUGGCAGACCUGGGUUCAAGUGUCGGUGCCAACUAUUGUGUAGGUCAACCAGUGGCCUAUAACCAAGCAGGUGCUUUUGCUGAAUACGUGAUUGUACCGACCAAGAAAGCAACCCCGGUGCCAUCCACCAAGCCCCAGUUCCUCCCCUUGCUCUUGAGUGGUGCAACAGCCUGCAUUAGCCUCCAGGAGCUUGGAGAGCUCUCCGAGGGCCAAAAGGUUUUGGUCACAGCAGCCGCCGGUGGCACUGGCCAGUUUGCUGUCCAGCUGGCCAAGGCGGCUGGUUGCCAUGUGGUUGGCACCUGCUCUUCAGAGGAGAAGGUUCGCUUCCUGAAAUCAAUAGGCUGUGACCGCCCCAUCAACUACAAAUCUGAGGACACCGGUGCCGUUCUUCGAAGGGAGUACCCAGAAGGGAUGGACGUGGUUUACGAAUCGGUGGGAGGGGACAUGUUCCAACUGGCCGUCAACCACCUGGCUGUCAAGGGACGUCUUCUUGUCAUUGGAUUAAUCUCGUCCUAUCAAAGCUCCUUUGGACUGGCGGGCCCGAGUGAAGGCAGCCUGCCACUAAAGUUACUCCAGAGGUCCGCCAGUCUCCGUGGGUUCUUCCUUCCUCAUUAUAACUCGCAGUAUCAAGGGUGUUUGAGGCGCCUGCUGGACAUGUAUGAGAAAGGUGAACUGGUGUGUCAGAUCGAUCAGGGAGAUCAGGCUCCUGGGGGAAGAUUUGUGGGUUUGGAAUCCAUUUGCCGAGCUGUUGAUUACCUUUACUCGGGAAAGAAUAUUGGAAAGAUUGUGGCUGAGGUAUCUCAGCCAGACAGCGCAAAGCUGUAAUGAAAUGUUAAUACAUGAACAGUGCUUUCCAAAAAACAGGGGCAGAGGCUUAAUUAGCAUAAAGGGCCUUUUAGAGUGCAGGAAUGAUGCAUUACAGGACCAGGGUGUUUUGCCAGCAAAUGCUAGAUGCUUAACUGUCUGUCUCUUCACAAAUUAUAAACUCUUUUGCUUAUAACGCUUUCAAGGCUUCUUUAAACACAUUUAUCUGCUAUCCACCCAUUAUUUCAAUCAUGUCUGCUUGUAAAAAAAUAAAUUGAAGAGCAAAAAUUAAUGAAACCUCCUGCAGAAAGUACAACAGAGGGCCUUUUUCGGAGAUUGGAUAAUGCACAGCCAUAGCUCAAUCUGAACCGGAGUUCUGCUGAUAUAGUGGGAAGAUAAAUCAGCCGCGUUAUUGCAUCGAAAGUGUUCAUGCAGUUUUGGUAAAGUGGAUUUAUGUUGGCAUAAUAUGAAUAAAAGAGUGAAGUACAUCACAGCAAGAUUUGACAAAAAAGCAGAGUGUACGUGUGUGUGAAUCUCUGUUGUGCUUUUAAAUUAGCUCCAUUUUCAUACGUGUCUGCAGGGAAAUAUUCACAGAUACAGUACAUUUGGUGCUUCUCUUUCAUAUGUCCCCAUAAAU